UGAGAUUUAAAUAAAGUUUUGUAGUUGUGACUUAUGACCCGAAAUGGCGGCGCCCCUGCCCAUGAUGAAAUUCUGGAAGCCUGGAUUAGAGGCCCCUGGAGUAGGAGAGGAGCGGGAGUUGUCCUCAGAGAUCGGCGGUUCUCCGGUCAUAUAUAAUCCUCUCUCCUCCUUGUCCAUCGAGAAGCAGAGGCAGAAGCUUCCAGUAUUCAAGCACAGAAAUCACAUCCUUUACCUGGUGGAGAACUAUCAGACUGUGGUGAUUGUGGGUGAGACAGGCUCUGGGAAGAGCACCCAGAUCCCUCAGUACCUUCUGGAGGCUGGAUGGGCAGCAGAGGGCAAGGUGAUCGGGGUGACCCAGCCCCGAAGAGUUGCAGCAACUUCGGUGGCCAGUCGAGUGGCUGAGGAACGGGGGGCAUUGCUGGGUCAUGAGGUGGGCUACACGAUCCGAUUCGACGACUGCUCUGACCCCCAUGCCACGCGCAUAAAGUUUCUGACAGAUGGAAUGCUGGUCAGAGAGAUGAUGGCGGAUCCACUGCUAAAAAAGUACAGUGUGCUGAUGCUGGAUGAGGCUCACGAGAGAACACUCUACACAGACAUUGCAAUCGGCCUGCUAAAGAAGAUUCAGAAGAAACGCAGAGAUCUCCGACUGAUAAUUGCUUCAGCUACUCUAGAUGCCAAGAAAUUUCAAGAAUUCUUUAACUUGAAUGAGUCUGGAGACCCCAAUAAAGACACCUGCAGGAUUCUAACAGUAGAAGGGAGGACGUAUCCAGUGGACAUUUUUUACACAGUGAGCCCUGUCCCUGACUAUGUGAAAGCUACAGUGGAGACAGUGCUGAAGAUUCACGAAACAGAGGGAGAUGGAGAUGUUCUUGCUUUCCUCACCGGUCAGGAGGAGGUGGAGAGGGUGGUUUCUCUGCUGGUAGAGCAGGCCCGGGCCCUGUCGCGCUUUGGGAUGAAGAAACACCUCCGAGUGCUACCCAUGUAUGCAGGCUUGCCCUACCAGGAGCAAAUGAAGGUUUUCGAACGAGCGCCCCCUUCUGUGCGAAAGGUGGUGGUUGCUACCAACAUUGCAGAGACCUCCAUCACCAUUAAUGGGAUAGUUUUUGUGAUUGACUGCGCAUUUGUGAAACUGAGGGCCUACAACCCCAAAACAGCCAUCGAGUCCUUGGUGGUGACCCCCAUCUCGAAGGCCUCGGCUACACAGAGAGCAGGACGGGGGGGGCGAAACAGGUCAGGAAAAUGUUUCCGGCUCUACACAGAGGAAGACUAUGAAGAGUUGCCCCCAGUGACAGUGCCGGAGAUGCAGCGCACAAACCUGUCCCCAGUGAUCCUGCAGCUGAAGGCCUUGGGCAUAGACAACGUCCUGAGAUUUAACUUCCUCUCCCCCCCUCCAGCCCAGUCUAUGGUUCAGGCCUUAGAGCUGCUUUACGCUCUUGGUGGGUUAGACCAGUAUGGGCGACUCACUGAGCCUAUGGGAGUCCGCAUGGCAGAGUUCCCCCUCAGCCCCAUGUUUGCCAAGAUGCUGCUGGAGUCAGGGAAUUUUGGCUGCUCUAAAGAGAUAGUGACCAUUGCUGCCAUGAUGCAGAUCCAGAAUGUGUUCCUGAGUCCUCCCAACCAGAAGAAGGCAGCUGCUAGGGAGCACAGGAAGUUUGCAGUAGCUGAAGGCGACCACCUCACCAUACUCAAUGUGUAUGAAGCCUUUAUUAAACAUCAGAAGAGCUCUCAAUGGUGCCAAGAGCACUUCCUUAACUACAAGGGGCUUCUGCGUGCAGUAACCGUGAGGGAACAACUCAGACGGCUGAUGACCAAGUUCAAAGUACCCAGAACCUCCAGUGAAGGAGAUCCUGAUGUUAUCCUGAAAUGCAUUGUCUCUGGGUUCUUUGCAAAUGCAGCCAGACUUCAUCAUUCAGGCUCCUACAGGACUCUUCGAGAUGACCGUGAGCUGCACAUUCAUCCCACAUCUGUCCUGUACGCUGAGAAGCCACCAAAAUGGGUGGUUUUCAAUGAAGUGGUCCAGACUUCCAAGUAUUACAUGCGUGAUGUGACUGCAAUUGAAUCUUCUUGGCUGGUAGAACUUGCCCCACAUUUCUACAAGCAAGCCAAGAAUCGGUCAAUAGGCAGCAAGAGGGCCAAGAUGACCUGAAGUGAGCACAGUGCCCUGCUAACCCCACACGAUGCCUGCUGCAGACCGUAGCUCUUGCAGUUGCACUGCUUUAGCCCACAUUACACCAUUAAAACCUGGAAUGGAAAAGAGAUUUUGGUGUGGGGGUACCAGGGCAAGACAGCCAAUGAGAAAUACUACAGUGGUGAGCACCAUCUCUGUAUAUAUAGAUAUGUAUUAUAUUUAUUUCCCAUUUCUUUUCACCUGUAUAUAAUGACUAGAUAAAUAAGUCUAGCUAACACUGUGUUUUUUAAAAUCUAAAUACUUGUCAACUGGACCCAGGUUUUUUUUAUUGUUUUAACUUACGGAAGGCACUGUAUAUAGAGAAAUGUCACAUUUCAGCGUUUCAAGGGAGACAUUGAAGUGGUUUAAAGCAGGUUUUACUGCGUAUCAUUAAGCUCAAAACAAGAGUCAUCGCUUUGCAGCCUCAAAUCCUGUCAUGCAGCCUGAGUGGGAGAGAGAUGAAUGGAUUUGGAACUGCAAAAAUAGUUAAAUGUAUAACAGGGCUCAUGUAGUAAAUGAGUCUGUUACAGUUAUAUAACCCCUAAGACAUUCAUUAGUGUUGAAUUCUACUGUGAUGGGUGGGGCAGCCUAGUGUGAUGAAGAAUUCUUUGCUGGUUUAGAGAAAGAUCUGUGUGGCUCAGGACUGGAUGUACACCUGAUUCAUGGUAACUAUAUCCCUACUGGGGACAAGCUACACAUGCCAUAGAUGUGUUGCAAAGAAAUAGGUCCAGCACCUUAUAAUCUGAGUUUUGUAAUGAGCUUUUUUCUGCUUUGAUUAUUAGAAAGAAAUACUUGUUUUCAGAAAUUCCCUUUGGCUUUUGAAAGUGACAGUAAACACAUUAAUCUCUUUGUGCCACAUUUACACAGGCUAAGGCCAAACUUCAGGCGGUCCUCAGUGCUGUUUACCUUGAGUAAACGGGCAAUGUCAACAGUUCAUUUCCUAAGUAUAACCUGAUCAUGAAUUUAGGAUAUUAUUUUGACAUCACCUUGAAUUAUACUAUUAAGAGACAGUUGUAUUUAUCUAUAGUCACUGUGAGUCAGACACAAAGUGUUCUUUAUCAAAUUUACUUAAGAAUUUUCCUAAGUGUUAGAUACCUAUUUUAUGAUGAUCUGCACACUGAGAAAUUCUGGCACAAAGGAAAGGUCAAUUAACAAACAGAUUCCAUCAGGUAUCAAUGCUCCUUAUUUAAUAGAGAUAACCUGAGAAUAAUUUGAAAGAAGUGCAAAGCACUUACUACGGUCAGUGUGUGUCCUCAGUGCCAAACAAUUGAAGAUACUCUAGCAUUUACCACUUUAAUCCAUCAGCAAGUGUUUAUACACUGAAAGUAUAAUGACAGAUGUUUAGACAAGAUCAUACAUGCACCAUAAGAUAUGUGAAAUGAAAGUCAGUAUACAUCUGUGUGUGCCACUUCAGGAUUCAACAGUGUGCGGAUCAUCUUGCUUACAAAAAGUAUAGACACUGAACCAGUACACUGCAUAGUGCAAGCAAGGUACAGCAAAAUUAUACUUUUAUAACCGUAAAACAUAAAACAAGUUAAAACAGUAGUGUUGAAGUUUUAUUUCUAGAAUGUUUGUGUUUAUUUUCAUGACCUCUGUCUUUGUGUUUCUUGUCAAACCUACUAGUGUAAUUUCAUGGAGAAUUAAGUCCUUGGUGCCCAGUUUCGGAAAACAACAGUGUGAUAGAAGUUGUACUAUCGCAAUUCCAGUGAAACCUGCUUUCAUUUCAGUAAGGUUACCUAUUUAACUUUAUUGCUAAAUGUCUGCAUGGUUAUGUGUUGGUUGUUUCCUAGACUUAGCUGUUGCUGUAUACCACAUGAGUACCAUGGUAAUGUGAAACCAGAUAAAAUUGCAUAUUCUUGCAUGUUGGAAAAAAACCUAAAUAACACCCAAAGGUCAUCAUAUGAAGUAGUGGCCUGCAAGAAGUUACACAUUUCUGUGUCCUUUAAACUGUGCUCAGCUAAAUUCUUGCCUAAUUAAACCCCUUUCUGUAAUACAUGAUGUAUCUUCAGAGAGCUGUCUAUACCAUCAAAUAAAUACAUAAGAUCAUGCUUA